AUGAACACAAACCGGUUAUUUUGUGAGAACAACAAUGACGAAAACAAGGUGAUGCCCCAUUGUUCCUCCACAGACUCGGGACGGAGCAGCAUUGACAGUUUACAGCACAGCCAUGGAGAUGAAGUUAGCGGUAAGUUCUCCGGCGCGGAAUUUUCUGAGGCUGCCCCUCUGGCUACUCUCUCUUCGUCCACAGAAGUCCUCACCACAAGUCAAAUGCAAUCGGGAUUAAUAAGUGACUUCGAUGUGUAUUCGGAUGUAACGAUAAUUUCAAAAUCGGUCGUCCCCACAAAUAUUGUCACAAAGACGUUCAAAGGUUUUUCUAAAAAAUCGGCCCGAGUCAGAAAAAGCAGAACUUGCGAAACGACUGGCACUAGUUCGGCUAAUGUGGAGACAUCGAGAAAGUUUUUCAAAAAGAAAGGGUACUUUCCUCAUCGAGCAUGUGAAACAACAGAUGUACCUGACGAACAGCCAUUUCGCGCAGCAAAUGGCAAUUCCAAACACGAUGGAGUUGAUCCAACGAAGCGCAUAAAUCGGUUAGAAAAUCCUGCACACCCCUCAACUCUGAGCUUAUCGCCUAGGGAAUCUGAGGGAGAACUCGUAUCUAAUGAUCCCAAAUGCAAGAAAUUAAAUGAAGACAUCAGCCAGCCUACUGCUGCGGAGGAAGAACCUACGCUGUGGCGGCCUUCAGUCCCCUUUCAAAAGAGUUUUGAAGUAGAAAAAGUGAAGCCCACUACAACUAACAAACUACGCAAGUACACGUCGGCGGAGCAGAGUGACGCGAUGGAACAACCUUCGGAGUGUCGCCGGAUUCAACGGGUCGAUCCAUCCGUCACGAUUGAUUGGUCAAAGAGUCGGUCAAAUGAUUCACAGCCCUUCCUUGAUUCGCCAACAUAUUAUCCAAAGAAAGGAGGAGGAAGAGAUGAAAAGAUGAUGUUGUCAAGGGAAUCCCAUGGACGAGACUCAUUUUGGUCUAAUUUUAGAAGUGUCAAUGAUCUGACGCGAGUCACGUUGUCCAAAGAAAAAUGUUUUCGGGGCGCCACCGACCGUGAGCUUAGUUGCAUUGGUAUACAACUGACAGUGGGACAAUCCGAGUCACGCUCAGCGACAUCCACACCAAUUCCUUCAGGAAGCAAGAGAUACUCACCGUACUUCAACACCAAACCAAAUCAAUGGCAAGGACAAACGUCGUUUGCAACUUUAAACUCAGCGAAACGAAACACAGGUUCAACUGGCAAAACCGUCCAGAGUGGAUCCAUUCCUUCCUCGUUGGGAUUAAGUGAAACACGUAUUACAGAAUCUAAUGAUGACCAAUUAAAAGAAGUAUUACCUGAUUCGGCUGUUCUGCCGGUACCUUCCGUUCAAGCAUGUAAUCAAAAAUCUGUGCAAUCUGUGGACAGCGCUGAUUCAUACAAUGAUCCAUCUCCUUGUUUUCGGUUAAGAAGACACAGGUUGCCACAGCUCAUCAAUUCUGCGUACAAACCAUCUGCAGCGAAGCAUAGCAAUGCACUAAGACAAGAAGUUAUGUCUCCAGAUAUUAUUCGAGCCCAGAACAACUUUCAAGUAUUUAACAACGCUCUAGUUACAAACGGACUGAACAUUCCCAUGCCAGCUGUACGGGCCGUUCUCAGCGACUGGAUGAUCACAAAGCUCAGUAAACUGCGCAAGGAUAAAAGCUCCUGUCGAACGGGUUUUAAUCAGGCGCCUACAAAGGCACUUCUUGGGCAUUUCGACACGAACCCAUCUUCUGUUUCAACUUGCGCGUAUGUUUCCGACAACACCAGUAAAUCGGACAAUGAAGACAGCAUAGUGAAACGCUCUGGCGCAUCUACAUCUCAAAACUUAUUUAUUAACAAGCGAAGAUGUGGACAACUCACCGAUCGGCAUCGUCAAGAGAGAGAAGAAAUAUCAGGUUCAAAUAGGGGUCAAGUGGACAGAAGAAGAUUUGAAAAGCUCCCGUCUCUAAUGGAAGGUAGUACAGCGGACGUCGCUUCGUGGGGACUAGUCUUACUGUGUGGUGUACCCUAUGCUAUCCAUCCGGUCGUGUUUCAGUGUGAAGGAAAAGGCGAAUAUAUUCUCUCACGCUUGUCUCCACAAGUUAUUCAACAGAUGUCGAGAGUAAACUGUUUAGAAUCAACUUUAGGACCCUUAGCAGCUUUCCCUGGCGUCAUGAAUGUUUGGCCGCCGCAACAUACCACGCAUACUGCAAACAAAGGUCACGCUGCUCAUUUCGAUAACACCACCAACCACGACACAGUUCACUUUAUGAGUAGGAUGAAUGGAGGGCCAAGUAGUUUUUGGAACCCGCGUAAUACAAACGACAUUUUGAUUUCAACAUAUUUGGAGCCAACUGUUGUGCCUGACGGUAAACAGUCGGUCAUUUGCAAUGAUUCAUCUGAAACCAGUGUCCUCUCUUGUAAGCAAUCGGUUGCACGUACCAAAGAAAUACAGCUAUGCAUCGAGCCAACACGGACUAUUUCCGUGGAAUCAGCAUUUAUACAUCCAGCUUGCCAACACCAACAAGAUGGAGCAUGGGUUGUUCCUGGGGAGAACAACCUUUAUUCAACAGGAGAGCUAGAUGAGGAUACUCCCACUUCAGAUACAUUGAUAGGUACCCAAUCUCACAAGCAGUGUGACUCAGAACUGACGGAAGCUACUGCUAACAGACGACACGUAUCCUCCUCGCAUUUGUCAAUUACGUCAAAAUGCAACCCAACACAUCCCAAAACACUGGGUCAUGUCAAAACAGCACUUUUACGGAAUGAAAAGGAGAAUGCAGCAAUUUUGAAUGGCAGAAGAUCACUCAAUGUUGACUGCGCAUCAACACACAGCACCACCUCUACCGUCAUUCGUCAGAAGAAGCAUUCUUCGAAAACCAACUUGUAUAUUCGCGGCUUGCCAAAUAUUUUUACGGAGGAAGAGCUGCAGAAUUUGGCUCCCGACAGAGACCUGAUACGCUCAGUUAAGCUGAUUACCGGUUCAGAGGGGGAGAGUUACGGUUUCAUUGACUUUAUCACCAACGCUGCAGCGAAAUCGGCUCUCCAGCACAUCAAAACGAGAAACCGAGAACUAUAUGUCAAUUUUGCCUAUGAGUCAGAAAAGGAUCCUCAAAAUAUCUACAUUACUAACAUUCCUGAGACCUGGACAGCGAAUAAUGUGGAAGAUCUGAAGAAGAUAUUUCAACCAUAUGGUCAAAUUUCGACGGCUAUCGUAAUGACUAAACGUGCGAGCAACUUCUGUACCGGGGCUGGAUUUGUACGAUUCUUGCGAACAGAAGAUGCUCAGCGUGCUAUUGAAGGCAUUCGUGAUGCUCAAGUGACUAUCGAAGGAGCUAAACGACCGCUUGAAGUGAAGCUUGCAGACAGACAAAGGCAGCUGGACGACCAAACCUGUACCAAUAUCCCUCGCUCGCCAAGGCAUCCCAAGGAUCAAUUACAGUACCCGCAGAAUCUGGUCGAAAACUUGCGUGGGUCAUUCGUCCAAUAUGGAGGCCAGACUACACUAAAAACCACAUCUUGCCUUUUACCAAGUAAUCCGGCUGUCCCCUUAUUAAGUUGCGGUACUUCACUGAGAUCGAUUCCCGGGUCUGUCGGUUUAGGUCAGUUAUAUAAUCCUGGCAGGCUUGAUAGCCUGGGGUUGUCUGCGCCUCCACAACAGCCCAACUUCAUGAAUUACCCCCUGGAGACCACCAUACUUUCCGCACCGGUACUUAAUCAGCGUCUAGUUCUACAACAGCCACUGGACCAAUUAAAUCUUCACCUACCCAUGACAAGCACUUGCUAUUCAUUGCCUCAGCCAGGAAUUUGGACAUACCCAGUAUCAAGUUCAAACCACAGUGACAUUUCCACCCAAGGGGACUACGUUGCAGCGCAACCUGGUGUAUUCCAAAGUGCGGUUUUGCCAAACACCCACGGCUUGUUUACCGGAACUCCAGGUAUAAUUCCAGUCGUUCAAUCGACGGACGAGUCUGCAAAUCUUUUGAGGCUUACAUCUUUUGCGUUGCCUCAUUCACCAUCAGUGUAUCCAGAAAAUCUUAUGAGGACUGAGUUAUCCUCCUCCACCCCUUGGGUCCCAAUGCCUGUUGUACCAGGGAUGUACACCUAUUUUUGAAACAACCUAUUGGCAAGGUGAUCAGGAUUCAAUCGCCACAAGUCAGGCUGGAACAAUAACAACAAUUGGUUUACGCAACUAUGCUAUGAAAUCGAAUUGGCGUCGUUUGACAGCAGAACGCUCUCUAUUUGGUUGUGCACAGUAACAACCGUCAUCUAGAUGAUUUUAUUGAAACUAUUAGAUGACACUGACUGUAUCUUGAAAAAUGGAGGCCUUUCCAUUGAAAGAGUUCUGUAUUACACUUUUGGAAACAAGAUUUAUAAACAUUGUACAUGAUUUUUUAUCAGUGAACCCUUAACCAACUUACCAUUGCACUUACUGUCACUACUCUAUCAUUCAAUAUUCCCAUGUUGUCAUACACUGUGCGUUUAAGCAAGAACUGCUAAUGAUCUACUUUGAACAUGCUUAAGAGUUUCCUUUCUGAAGCCGCCUUUCUGUAUAGUUGUAAACCCUACAUUUUGGCAGUAAUGCUAUUGAAAGUGGAUACAGUGUACAUCGGGCUACACUUGAAAUUGUGGUCUAUACGCUGUCGAAACAAGAC